AUGGAGCCGCAACAUGUCUUUCCACACGUCGAUGGGUACACCAUUGUCCGGCAGCUCGGGAGUGGGACGUACGGAACGGUAUUCCUCGCCACGGCGAGCCGCCUGGCGGCAGCGCUCAACGAGGCGGCAGUGACGUCGGACGUGGCGCACCACCCGUGCGUGGUCGACUUUAUGUCGUCGGCGCCGACAAGGGUCCGCGGCAUGGCGGCAAUGGUGCUGGGGUAUGCUGAUGGCGGAUCGCUUGCGGAUGUGAUGCGGAGCGCGUAUUCGCGACGGAAGUCGCUCACACCCGCGGUGGCGAUGCACUUUGCCACGCAGCUGGCGCUGGCGCUCAAGCACGUGCAUGAUGCCGGGUACGCGCAUCUGGAUCUCAAGCCGGCUAACGUGCUGCUUGCAUCGGCGCAGGCUGGCAUGGUGGCAUCGUCGGCUCGGUGGAAGGCGGCGAACCGGUUGGGCCGGCAGCAGGCGGUGGUCAAGCUCUCGGACUUUGGCGUCGCGGCUGUGGCACCCGGGCCUGGCGAGCCGCGGCUUACCGGUCUCGCCGGCUCGCCGCCGUACAUGGCACCGGAGAUGCUAUCAGGCGCGGGGUACGGGCGUGAGGCCGAUGUCUUUUCGUUUGGCGUCCUCCUGUACGAGCUCCUUGCUGGAGGCGUGCGGCCGUUCCCGGGCACCACGCUUGAGACGGCCGGAAGAGCGAUUCUCACGCAACGACCUGCUGCACUUCCGCCUCACGUACCGCGGGAGCUGGCAGCGAUUGUGAAGGCGAUGCUGCGCAAGGAUCCGGCAGCACGACCGACAUUUGCAGACAUUCUUGUUUCGCCGCCGUUUGCGGCGGCGCUCGAGGUGUUGACCGCUCCGGACGGCGCGCUGUCGGAGGAGCGAUUCGGCGCCGAUGGCAGCUAUCUCGGUAACGUGGCGGCGCUAGAGCCGGUCCCACCGUUGUCCGAGCCGCCAGUUCUUUCCGGAGGAGACGGCAACAGCGGCGAUGGCGACGAUAGCAGGCGCUACGCGCGCAAGCCGCUGACUCCGCUGGGCGAGAUUGGGCGGAUCGAGCGACGUCCGCGGCUCGGCUCAGCGCCAAGCCUCUUCUCGCCGCCGCUUGUGGCGCCGCCGCCGCGGACGAUGCUGGCGCGGCCGUCGUCGGCGUCGCGGCUUGCGCGGAUGGUCCAGACUCCGACCGCGGUCCUUGACGAUGCUAUCGGGCUGGCCACGGUUGGGCAUGUGGCCUUUGUAACUGGCCCAGGCAUUGCCUUUGGUGUCCUUCUUGCUCAGUUCAACGGGCGGGCCAACCGAACGUCGGAAGUUUUGCUUCAGCCGCAAGUCUUUCCUGCGGAAAUCGCGGCGUACACUCCUUGGCUCAAUGCCAUUACCGGGCCAGACGUGGUCGAGGUCUAUCUCGGUGGCGGAGGCCUUGAUCUCCUCUCGAGUGACAACUUUGAAGACGUGACCGACAUCUGGACAAACUCCUCGCUUGACCUCGAUCUCUUGCCGGCGGCCAUGGCCAGUUCGACCGGCGCCGAUGGUCGGCGGUACGGCGUCCCGCUGAUGGGUGAUGCCAACGUAUGCGUGUACUCCAAGUCGGCAUUUGCCGCCAUGGGCAUCACCGCCACACCCAACACGUGGUCCGAGCUCAAGGCCCUCUGCAGCGUGUUUGUGGCUGCUGGCAAGCCGUGCCUCGGCACCGGCUACGACGCCAUCCCGUCGGUCUACUUUGACUACAUGUUCAUCCGGAUGCACGGCAACGCGGCAUACGAGCAGUUCUUUAACGGCAAUGUCUCGUUCACCGAUCCACGGGUCAACGCUACCUUUAACGUUCUCAUGGAGCUCAAGGACAUCGGUGCGAUGAUGCCGGAUCCGACGUCCGGCGCUGCCUACAACGUCGCUGAUCUUGUCAACGACACCAUUCCGAUCUACUGCGGCUUUGAGAUGAUGACUGUCUCGCCGCUGCAGCAAGGUGCCAACACGUCGAACCUUGACGUGUUUCCUUUUCCGUCGUACGACGGCGAGCUUGGGACGGCUGGGCCGUCCGAGCCGACCAAUGCCAUCCUCGGCCUAGUUGGCACGUACGCCAUUCCCAAGAACGCACAGUACAAGAGCUACUCGCACGAGUUCCUCACCUACGCAACCAAUCCGACGGUGCAGGCCGGCAUGCUCUCCUACGCCACAUCGGGCUUUAUUCCUCGAUUUUCGAUGGGGUCGUACGUGGUGCCGCCCCGGGCCAAAAAGGUGUACAGCGCCGUUCUUGCCGCGGACGCGAUGCUCUUCCGCUCGUUUGCGGCCUUUGGCUUUGCCUCUGUCACCGGUGACUGGUGGCGUAUCAUCUACACCUUUGAGGCCAUGCCGACCCGCGCCAUGGCACAGGGGUACCUCAACACAGCUCUGGCGGCGAUCGAGGUGGAGCGGCUGGCGGCGGUGCUCAAAAUGACGGUCGAGCCGGUGGCGGAUCCGCUUCCGGGCACGUACUCUGACGCUGUGAGAGUCUCGCUGUCAUCGCCGACCACGGGUGCCGUGGUGUACUACACGCUCGACGGGAGCGAGGUCAACCUGGGCUCGCCGGUCUACAGUGGGCCGAUCACCAUCUCGUCGUCUGGGACGACGCGAGUGCGUGCCAUUGCGCUCGCACCAGGUCUCCGUUUGUCGACCGAGCUCGUGGGAGACUAUGUACUCAACAUUGCGUCGGUCAAGGACGACUCGAGUGCACGGCUCCUGCUGUACAUCCUCAUUCCUUCGCUGCUCCUUGUUAUUUGUGUCGGCGGCGUCGUCGGCUACGUCAUCUACCGGCGCAAGUCUGUCACGUACCGGCUCAAGUCGGACUCGGACCUUGUGCUUAACUCGGAGGACAUUGACAUUGGGCGUGCCAUUGGUGAGGGCUCGUUCGGCACGGUGUACAUGGGUUCGUGGCGCGGAACGGCUGUGGCUAUUAAGCGGACCAAGACCAAGGUGAUGAAGCCUGCACAGCUGAAGGAGUUUGUUGACGAAGCCGGUAUGCUGCUCCGGCUCCGGCACCCGAACAUUGUCAUUUUCAUGGGUGUCACGCUCGAGCCGCCGCAGCUGGUUACCGAGUUUAUGGACCGCGGCUCGCUCUAUGACAUCAUCCAUGCGCCGGACGUCUUCCUCGACACCUCGAUUAUCUUCAAGUGGUGCCACAACAUGGCGCAGGGUCUGUUCUUUCUGCAGCAGUCUGGUGUCACCCACGGCGACUUCAAGUCGCUCAACGUGCUCUUUGACUCCAACUGGGUGCCCAAGAUUUGCGACUUUGGUAUGUCGUCGGUCAAGGGUGAGGCUGGCCUUGUUGCGCACGCAGCGUCGGAGCUCAAGGCGGCCGGCAAGGGCAAGAAGAAGAAGACAGCCAAGGUGACACCAGCAGACGCUGCUGCGGCGGCGGCAGCGGGUGCGGGCGGUGACAGCAGUCGCUUCGGCUCGCUCAGCUCCAACUCGCCGUUUGUCUCGGCCACCUCGUCGUUCUCAUCGCGAAUGGGAACUUCGCGGUCGACUGCUGGCGGCAAAGGCAACGACUCGGGCAUGGGCAACGUGGGCACGCUGUUUUGGGCGGCACCCGAGGUGCUGACCCAGGGUGGCGCGGCAGCGUCGGCGGCGUCGGACGCGUACUCUCUCGGACUCACGUUCUGGGAGUUGGCGGCGCGGUCCGAUUUGUACCCGGGCGAGAACCCUCUUGCGGUCUCGCUUGAUGUGGUCAACGGGCGCCGGCCAGAGACAGCAAGCAUUCGGGCCGACCUCAACGACCUUCUUCCGGUCAUUACGGGGCUGUGGGACGGCAACGCAGAGACGCGAAUGACAACCAAGGCUGCGGUGGAGGCACUCGGUGACCUCUACUCUCCGAUGGCGGUGGUUUACCCGACGACGGCGACCGCGCCCGAAGGUCAGGUCAUUCUCAUCCACGUGGCACGGCUGGGUAUCGGCAAGCUGCUACUGCGGUCGCCGUCGGAUGCAGCCGAGUGCCUCGCCGCAUUCCACGCCGAAGUGCCCGAGCUUGCACGCGAGGCCGGCGGCGCUGUGGUCGAGUGGGGUCUGGCGACGUCGUCGAUUGCCGUCCACCGCGGCGACCAGUUUGGCCUCUUUGUCUCGCUGCUCGACCGAGUCGAGGCGCGGACCGGCCCGCUGGCAGUCGCUGCUGUGCAAGGCAACAUUUCGACCGCCAAGAACGUGUAUGGCGAACAGACGCUGUCGGGCGAGGUCAUGGUGGAGUUGACGUCGUUGUGGCAAGCAACGUUUGGCUCGCGGUCCGCGGGUGAGGCCUCGCUCAUUCUCGCUCAUGGCAUGCCGGGCGUAGCCAAGUCGGGCAUGUUUGUGCGGACCGAGUUUGCCAACUCGCUCGACAAGCUGCCCAAGGGUCUGGUCAGCGUUCCGGUGACCGGUGACUCUGGGCAGGCACUUGCGGCAGCCGGUGAGCGGGUGACCCGCAUUGCGCGGCCGGCGGAGAUUGCGUCAGGCGAGCCGGUCAUGGAGCCGCCCUCGCCCUCGCAGCACCGCUCUGACGGAGCAUCGGAAGAGCGCGACGGGUUUACAGCGACGCCCCGGCGUAGCUCAUCACGACCGCCAAUGAUGCGCAAUGACUCGUCCAAGCGCGACCUCAACCGGUCCGGCGCUGGCGUCCGCCGCAACCGCGGGCCAUCGGCUGACGCACGGGCACGGUCCAGCUCGAGGCGGUCGGGCUCGCGACAGCGGGUGAGCUCGCGUCGGGCAUCUGUGGUAGAGCAGGAGGAGGAUGAGGCAAACUCAAGCUCGAGCUCGAGCUCGAGCUCGUCGAUGUCUAAUCCGAGCUCGAGCUCGUCACAGCGUCAGAUCAGGGGCAAGGCCGGGCCGCGGGCUGCGGCUCGCAUCUCGGCGACUCGCGCCGGCUCAUCAAAGUCUGGUGCUCACCGGAACGCCAAGUCCAAGGUCGACCCGUCGCACUUUAUCCUUACUCCGGCCGAGAUGGAUGAACUUGUCAAGCAAGACGGAACCAUGGUCCACGGCUCGUACUCGCGGGUCCACGAGGCCAAUUGGAACGGGCAGCCGGUGAUGGUGAAGGUCCUGCUCCGACAAGACCUCAAGCGUGAGGGGCUCAUCAACUUUGCUGUGCUCGGCGGCGAGUGUGCGCGUGCCCAGGGCACACGCAUUGCUGGCGCGAUCGGGCUCUGCAUCACGCGGCCGUUCCUGGGCCUCAUCUUCCCGCGCUACGACUCGGGCUCGCUUCAGAUCAUGCUCGACCGCGCCAUGCUGGGGCGUUCACGCGACCAGGUCGCGCAUCGGUCAAAGGCGCGCGACGCACUUGGCACACCGACGCUCGACAACGACUCGGCGCGUGUGGUUGUCCUUGGCCUCAUCAAGGCCAUCGCUGAACUCCACGAGGUGGGCAAGCGCGGGCACGGUUCGCUGCGGCCGGCCAACGUCAUGAUCGUGACGCGCUCGACCGAGGUCCUCGACGUCCACCUCAUCGACUACUUCCUCUCCAAGAUCAAGACCAACAUGGGCACGAUGACCAUGGUGCCCUCAGUGGCGUAUCUGGCGCCAGAGAACCUUCGCGGCGAGGACGGCAACAUGGAGGCCGACAUCUUUGUCUUUGGUACCAUGCUCUACGAGAUCGCCGUUCGCCAGCCGGCGUUUGACGGCUCGAACGCGCUCGAGGUCGGCUACCACAUCCUCUCAGGCUUUCGUCCUGAUCUUAACUUUGUGGAGGACCCACGGCUCCGCGAGCUCAUUGCCGACUGCUGGAAUGACGACGCCGCGGCUCGGCCCAAGGCCCGCGACGUGGCCAAGCGACUCGAGGCUAGCCUGCGCGAGCGCGGUCUGUACGCCGGCAAUGCCAAGAAGAAGGGCAGAAAGGCACGCGAUCGGCAGAACAGGUAA